CUUCCUUCAGCCACAGAGACAAAGACAAAGGGGAUGGAGGCUGCAUCGACUGGUAUGCUGUCAGACUCUUCGCCUACCACUAACAACGAAGAACACAGUCAGCCCUACAGUCAAAACUUCAGAAGAAAGCCCCACAGAUUCUUAAGGAGUAUGAGACUACAGGUAUCCUGUCAGUGCCAUCGAGGAAGCUUCUUGGGAAGACUUACAUAAGAGAUUUGGUGGAGAGUUACCCUCUUAGUGCAGAGAAGCUGGCUGCAGCGAAAAGCAUCAUCACCACCUUCCCAUCACUGAGUGUCUGAGUAGAAGGACAAGGGGAAGGAUUUAUUCCUUUUCUGAGAUGAGAGCACAAGCUCUUCUUCCACCAACACUGACAGUGAAUCCAUCAGUGAUCACAGAGACAGGCUCAGUCACACUGAACUGUCAGACUCCAUCAUCUGUUUCUAUGUCUGAGUGUUAUUUCCGCACUGUAAGAGGAGGACCUGCCAAAAGGUUCUCUUGUCUGCAGAAACUGACAGGAACCGAACUGCUGAAGAUAACAAAUCAAAGUUCACCUGCUGAGGUUAAAGUGACAUGUUUUUACCUUUACGUCUCUUCAUCUCCUGACAGUGACGUGUCCUCCAUCAUCGUCAGAACGUCUCUUCCGCCCAAACUGACAGUGAAUCCACCGAUAAUCACAGAGACAGAGUCAGUCACAAUGAACUGUCAGACUCCAUCCUCUGUUUCUGAGUCUCAGUGUUUUUUCUACACUUUAAGUGGAGGAACUGUCAGUGACUCCUCUUGUCUGAAGACACUGACAGGAACUGAGCUGCUGAAGAUGGCAAAUCAGAGUUCACCUGCUGAGGUUAAAGUGUUGUGUUUUUACACUGUAAAGCUUGGAGAGUUAGAUUCUCCAUCUCCACACAGUGACACAUCCUCCAUCACCAUACACAGUUCCAGUGUUCGCACACCUAGCACUAAAGAUAGCCCUUUUCCUGUAAGCACUCCGAAUAAAGCUUCAG